UGACGGGAUUGGACUCCGCCCACCCACAGAAGCAAACAUGACCGUGUGCUAGUUCAUAAUUCUACCGGCAAAUACAGUGGCACUUUGCUAUUUUAAGAUGAUGGGUGAUGGCCUCUCCUCUGCACCUUGCACGAACUCUCGUCGUCGGAUGUUACCGUUACUGCCCCUGUUUGCUGUUUCUCUCUUCCCUGGGCUUUGGUCCCCUUCUUCGGGUCCAGCCAGGAUGACCACCAUGAGGCCGGCCAUCCUGCUUACGAUCUGCACCUUGUCCGCGCUGCUUCUGGUGGCGCGCGGCUUGGAGAAGCCAUCGGUCGCGCCGGUGGUGGCCGUGGGGGUGGCGGCGGCCAGUGAUCUCAUCCGCUCCGGUGGUCACCGCUACCUGGACGUCAGAACGGAGGAGGAAUUCAGGAAUGGGCAUGUGGAGGAUUCUCUUAACGUGCCCUAUCUUUUCUUCACUUCACAAGGAAGGGAGAAGAACCCCCGGUUCGUUGCACAGGUCGCAGCAGAUUUCGACAAAGAGGACAACAUAGUUGUGGGCUGCAAAAGUGGAGUAAGGUCUGAACUAGCAUGUGCUGAUCUCAUGGCAGCUCAUGUGAAUGCUUGUGAAAACAGGGAUUUAGAAAUGUGAAGAACAUAGAAGGUGGUUACACCGCAUGGGUGGAAAAUGGUCUUGCUGUGAAGAAAUCUCAAGGACAAGAUGAACUAUGAUGUGCCCUAUUCUCUGGUUGUUUUUUUCUUUGACGUGAACCUCCGUAUAGAUAAUUGUAGGAUUAAAUAAACAAAAUUUAUAUAGUUUGCUUUAAACAUUUAAUCAUUUGGAAACUUCUUAACAGAGCACAUUUGCGUCAUGUAACUUCUUAAUAUAGUUUGUCUAAUUGUAGAUUUUUUUUGA